AUGUAUCUGAUCAAUAGAAACAGUGAUUUGUCUGGAAGCAAUGAAGCAAAUACUGGAUUGUCUGAUGAUAAUUAUCUCCCUUGCAAAAUUAGAUUUUCUGAUGAUAAUUAUCUCCCUUGCAAAACUAGAUUUUCUGAUGAUAAUUAUCUCCCUUCUAGAUUGUCUGAUGAUAAUUAUCUCCCUUGCAAAGAGCUUAAAACUGAUAGACAAAAUUCAAAUGACCCUGUAGACAAUGUUCCUGGUACCGGUAAAGUUGAAAAUUCUGUUUUAAGAAAUAUUCUUAGCAAGGAACCUAACUUUGAUAAAUUGAGCAAAGAUUAUAGUGAUGAAACAAAUAACAGUGAAAAAAAUAAUGUUGAAAUUGAAUCAUAUUCAUAUGAUGAUUUAGAGGUUUUCGAAAGAAUAACACAAAAUAAAACACAACAGAAAAAGAAAAGUAUACAAAAAAAGCAGUUAUCUAGAAGAAGCAAAAAGACAAUUGAGAAAAAAACAAAUACUAGUUUGAAAACAGUAUUGACUACAGUUAAAUCCACUGAGAAAAUCUUGAAAGAAAAUGAAAUUAAGAAAGAACCAAUAAUUUUGCAUGAAGAUAAGGACAUUGAAGAAGAGAAAAAAGAACUCGACAGAUUGAUUAAAGAUGAAGUAAUGGCUGGAUUAAUUAAAACAGAGUUAGCACCCCCUGAACCAUUUGACUUUUCACAAGUCCCUGAUCUACCAGAACUGGCAACAACUCAUUCAGAGGCUAAUCAGUACAUGAAAAGCUACAUGCAUAGUACAAUUUAUUCAUCUGAUACUGUCCAGAUCGAUAAACCGUCAAGUUGUGAAUAUUGUGGAAAGGUUUUUGUGAGUGGACAAAACUUGGUGAAACAUUUAGAACAACAUGUUGGUGAUCGACCAUUCGUUUGUGAUAUUUGUGGUAAAACUUUUAAGAUACGUCAGAAUUUACGUCGACAUAGUGUGAUACACAGUGGAGAAAAGCCGUACAAAUGUUCUCUGUGUGAUAAAUCUUUCACAACAUACACAACUAUGAAUAAACACAGAUUUGUACACACAGGUGAAAGGAAUCAUGAAUGUGAUGUUUGCGGAAAAAAAUUUGCCCAUAAAACAAACAUGAAAACCCAUCGUCUUUGUCAUCUCAAAGAAAGACCAUUCAAAUGCCAUAUUUGUCAAAAAGGAUUCAAUAAAAAUGCAAAUUUAAGAUCCCAUAUGAAGGCACAUCUUGGUGUUAAGCCACAUAAAUGUGAAUAUUGUGGUAAAGGUUUUACAGAAAAAUUCCAACUAACAAUGCACGUUAGGUCCCAUACCAACGAGAGACCCUAUCAAUGUAAUCAGUGUGAUCGUAGAUUUAAUCAGAUUUCUAACUUGUACACCCACAUGAGGGUCCAUACUGGUGAGGUUCCGUUUGUUUGUGAAAUAUGUGGUAAGGGUUACAGGAUUAAAAUACAUCUGGAGCAUCAUGUCAUGAAACACAAGGGCAAUAAGCAAUAUAAAUGUAAUUUAUGCAAAAAAGAAUAUUGGUUUAGAGGUGAGCUUAACAGACAUAUGAAAAGACAUACUGGGGAGAAGAGUCAUAAAUGUGAAAAGUGUGAUGCUAUGUUUUUCACUCCAGGAGAGGUGAGAAUACAUGUACGAGGGGAACAUGGAGGGGAAAUGUACAACUGUCAAUAUUGUGAUCGAGAAUUUUUAAGGUACAGUAAUAAGAUGAGGCAUGAAAGAAUACAUCUUGGUAUUAGGCCACAUGAAUGUGAUGUUUGUGGCGAGAAAUUCUUCCAGCGAACAGAAUUACGGGAUCACAAGUAUAAACACGAGGGGAUUUUCCCAUUUCCAUGUGAUUUAUGUGAAAAACAGUUUCGUAAGAGGUCACAGUUCAAUAUGCACAGAAAGAUUCAUACAGGUGAAGGAAUUGUUGAAUGUGUUCCCUGCAACAAGAAGUUUAAUUACAAAAGUUCUUAUACAAAACAUUGUGAAUCUGAGCGCCAUCAUAAACAGGAGGUCAUCUUCAAUGGAAGAGCUAUGAAAAAGAAUAAAACGGCGUCUAAAAACAAGACAAAAUCAACAAAAGGGAAAAGAGAUGAUACAGAAAGUGAUGAUAAUACUGAUGAGAUUGAAGAUGAAAGCAUUGAUGAAGAGGACGGAAAUUUGAAUGCAGAUGAAAAGAAUGACUAUUCAGAUGUAGAUGAAACUAAUGGAGAAGAUAUUGAAAAAGGAGAUGAUUCUUCAGACACUACAAUAGAUAAAAAUUAUUCAUCUUCUCUGAAAGAAGACAAAUUAAAGGGAGGUAAUCCUGGCAUGAAGCUUAUAAUAAAAAGGAAAUAAUAAUGAAUUUGUAACUGUAACUAGUGUUAUGCAAUUUAUGGACUUUUGUAAAAUUAAUUCUUCAUGUCUUUAUUUUAUGGUCUCUAUAUAUUGUAUACAUAUUAUUAUACUGGUUCAUCAUAACAUUGCAAAUUUACUAGUCAGUGUGCAGUUCAAAGAACAUUCUAUGGCUGUGUCACAGUUUUACUUGUUAAUAAUUGCAUGUUGUACAGCUUUGCUUUGUGAUAAAUGUAUUUUAUCCAACUUAUCUGCAUCUUUUUUUAGUCCCCAUUUAGGGCAUAAUGGGCCCCUUAUGUUUUUCAGUUUGUGCAUCCAUUUGUUUGUCCUUGUGUUCAUCCCUCCCCCUGUCUGUCCCUUUGUCCAUUAUUCUGUCUGUUCCACUUCAGGUUAAAGUUUCGGUCAACUUGAAACUUUGUUCAUAUGUUCCCUAUGAUAUGAUCUUUUUAAUUUUAAACUACAGUUUUGACCUCAAUUUCACAGUCCACUGAACAUUGAAAAUAAUAACGCUUGAGGGGCAUCAGUGAACUAUGGACACAUUCUUGUUAUCAAAUGUGUUCUUCCUACAUUGUCAUACAUUUCUUAGCUUUCUUUUAUAUAUUUAUUUAUAUUAUGAUACAGCGAAUUCAUGAACAUGAUUAAUGCAAAUGCUUACAACAUUUUUGAUUCAUAAAAACUUUAACUUUAAGUGAAUAAAAUAUAUCCUUUGUAUUUUAGUUUUGUGAAAUAUUUUACAGAGCGUAUUUAGAGUGCAAAAGUGUCUUCAAUAUUAUUUUAAAAUGAUAUUUUAAAAUAUUUUUGUUGUACUUAAUCAUCUAUAACAAGUUACCAACAAAGUUAAGCAUCUUUAUUUAUAAUUUUUAUACAAUAUGUCGCAGGAUACCUUUUUGGAAAUAAUUUAUGUAGUUCUUUAUAAGCUUCUGUAAUAUAAAAUGCCAACAUAAACAACAAAUCAUAUUAUCCAAAUCCAAGUCGUGGAUAACCUUGUGGUGCAGUUAUAAAUUAUUCUUAUUGGACAUAAAUAUGCAAUCUGCAUGUUAAUAUGUUUAUAUAUUGAUCAGCAAAUAUACCAGUGUCAAAUAUUAGACAUUUCAUAGGCUAUGUACAUUACUGAGCUUAAAUUGUAUUAAGAAGAAAAAAAUCAAAGUGCUUUUUAACAAAUAUUUUGUAGGAAUUGUUGCUUCUUAAUUGUAAAGAAUGAUUUUAAAA